UUAUCAGCGUUGUUCCCAGGCUGAAAGUCAAAACCACAGCACUGCACCAGCUACUAAGAAGGAGAAAAAUGCCUGGUACUGCUCAACCCAGGACAUGUUUGGAAGCAAAACUCGGAUUCAUCCAUGUAGUUUUGGCGCAAAAAAGGCAAAGCUUGCCCUGAGUUUGCAGGAUGAAGGCAGCAAUGUACUUUUGGGAGAAAAAGAGAUAUCUGUUUGAGAAAGUAGCUGAAGAAAGGAAAGAGGGGGAAAAGGACAAAUGUUCCAGCAAGCUAUGGUUCAUCCCUGAGCCCUUACACCACACCAGUACCCCUCAGCUGAUGAUAAGCAACGUCUUGUUUUUUGUUUUACCACCCAUAUGUAUGUGCUUGUUCCGUCAAUAUGCAACCUGUUUCAACAGCGGAAUAUAUUUAAUAUGGACUCUGCUAGUUGUGGUUGGAAUUGGAUCUGUUUACUUCCACGCCACCCUCAGUUUCCUGGGCCAGAUGCUGGAUGAGCUGGCUAUUCUCUGGGUCCUGAUGUGUGCUUUUGCCAUGUGGUUCCCUAGGAGAUACCUGCCCAAAGUUUUUCGGAAUGACAGGAGCCGAUUUAAAGCUGCUGUAGGUGUCCUGUCUGGAGUUACUACCUGCCUUGCCUUCAUUAAGCCUGCCAUCAACAACAUUUCACUAAUGACUCUGGGUGUUCCCUGCACAGCUUUGCUUGUUGCUGAGUUGAAGAGGUGAGUACAUUUCUCCUGUAUGCAGUGUUGUCUUCUGAGAUCCUUAGGCCAAUGUGUGACAGUACACUAGAUCUGACUUUAGUGCUUCAUCUCCUUCUGCAGAUCAAAAAUUCUUCUACCACAGGUAAGUGCAGAUCUGGUAUAAACUUGCUCUGCCAGUUCAAGACAUUUUUGACAAGGAUUUUUCUCUUUUUCCCCUGGGCCAAAUAGUAGGUCAGCUAUUGGCUGACUUCUUGUGACAAAAUGUCUUGCUGCAACCUGAUCUAACUCAAAUUUGUUUGUUUAUUGUGGAAUCAGGGCAAGGGUUUCACUCUACUGAGCAUUUCUGCUCUAUAGUCUAUGUAAGGGUGAGGUGAUUGCAUGAUCACAGUCUAGAUACUAGAAGGAAUGUGGAUCAAGGCCCAAGCAUGCGUGGAAAAUUCUCAGUAGUUCUCAGAAUUGUACUGUGACUUUUACACCACUUUGUCUUCUGACAUGUAUUAUAUGAUGGAGCCAGACCGGCAAAGAUAAGGUUAAUCACAAGAUUGUGGAGGAUAACUGUCAAUCUUGGUCUUAGAAACUAUAAAGCCAGAAUGCAAAUAGAGAAGAACCUGAGACAGAUCUUAGCAUUUUAGUGUUACCAUGGUAGCAAUACCAGCAGCUGUACAGAUACUUCUUUUCUUGAAUCUUUUCAUUGGGUGCACAAAUGACCAGACAAGUAUGGGCAUAUGAACUUGUCUUUUCCCCUUCUUCUCCAGUGUCUAAGAAAGAUUUUACAACUUAUGUUGCCCUUAGAUAUUGCUUAUGUCCAUCAAAAGAAACAAACAGGACUAAAUAUCUGCAUUCUGACUGUUCCUAUUAGAAAUUCUCCUGUUUGCUAUCUUACCCUAUUGUGCCACUGCUUCUCCAUACAGUGGAAGCCUUUGCUAACAGUGUUUUGUAAAGGUGCUUGUGAGUCUUAUCUCAUUAGACAACCUGCUGAGCAGUAUUUAUUUCUGUCAAAGAAGCUUGGGAGACAGCACACAAGUUAACUGUAGACAAGUAGUUGAAUGUUGGUGGGGACGUCUCAUUUUGAUGUGAGCACUGAGGAACUACUGACAAAGCAAAUGGAGAUCUGUAUAUGGCACUGAAUAAUAUAUGUGAACUCUAUACAUAUCAGUUUUCCAGGCAUGAGCUCCUGAGAAA